ACUACGAAAGUAUAUAGAAAUUUUUUUCACCUAUGAAAAUUGUUUGUUUUUGUGGUUGAAACGAAUAACAAAACUAAAAACAAAUUAAAAUUUUUCAAAACAACUUCAUUUUGGUAUUUUUGUGUAAUUUAAUACUUUAAUACUUUAUCAAAAUGCCUGCGGAUCAAAUUCAAUAUUCGGAAAAAUAUUUCGAUGCGCUCUAUGAAUACAGGCAUGUAAUAUUACCACCUGAUAUAGCAAGAAACGUAGCCAAGUCUCACUUAAUGACGGAAAGUGAAUGGAGAAAUCUUGGAGUUCAACAAAGUCCUGGAUGGAUUCACUACAUGUUUCACGCCCCGGAACCACAUGUUCUAUUGUUUAGGCGUCCAAGAACCGAUAUUAGUGCAAAUUCAUUCAAGGAAAUAAGUACAACACAAAGAGUUGUAACGUAAAAUGUUAUUUUGUAUAGAAAUUUUUAUAAUUUAUAUUCAAAGCAUACCACACAUGAAAUUUUUUAAAAUUUUUUAAUUUAAAAAAUUGUGAUUAUGCUUGUGCGAACAUUUUUGUUAUUUAACAAACAUAUUUACUAGACGUUUGGAUUAUGUUGCUACUUAAGCAUCUUUAAAUGUUACAUGUCGAUCUUAAAAUUACGUGUGUGGUAUCCUUGACAACCAUUAUCUUCCUUGAACUAAUUUCAUUAAAAAUCAUAUACAACAACUUGUAUCAAUUCAGUUUUUUAUAUAAAUUUUAUAUAUUUUCUUAAUAAAUCAUAAGUUAAAUUUUAUGUCUAA